UGUAGUUACUCCCAUCAACAGCCCCACACAACAGCUUUUGCCUUCAGGUGAGCUGCAUCUGUGCUUGCUGCUUCUCCCAGCUCUCAGGAGACUACUUCCCUGCUCCUUAUUGCUUUCUUGUUUGUGCUUUUUCCCUGCCCAUCCCUUGCAGGCCCCAAGACCAGAGCUUCUUGCCAGUCAGGGCUCCUCGGCCCUGGCAGGAAAGGCAGAGCGGCAGAAGAGGAUGGAGAGAGCACCAAGAGCCCUGGAGUUCAGAUGGAAGGAGUUGGCUGCAUUUGAGGGAAAGCGCCACUCCUCACCAGACAGGGCGUUUGAAGCGGCACCUGAGACAGCAGAGGAAUCACAGCCGCAGAGAGAGCUGCGGAAGGAGGAAGUUCCUCUGGCAGUGACAAAGGUUUGCCGCUUGCAGCGGCCAGCACACAGGACUCUGGAGAAGCUGCUCCAGGAGUUCUCUCGCCAAGGGCACACACUGUCCCAGGUGUGCAAAGAGAAGGCAGUGCUGGCACAAGAGAACGCUGCCCUACAAGCCCGACUGGCAGCCACCGAGCGGGACCUACGAGGCCUUUUGGAGCAGCUGGCAGAGGCCAGGACAGAGAAGGAGAGCUUGCAGUGCAGCCUGUUGGCAGCUCAGCAGCAGGUGUCAGAGCUGGAGAUCACCAGGAGCCGUCUGGAAGGCCAAGUACGCACAGCCAUGCAGGCCAAGGAGCUGAUACUUGAGGAUGUCAGGGGCCUUCGUUGUGAGCUGCAAGCUGUAAGAUCUUUCAGCAAGCAGCAAUGUGACGAAAUGGCUCAACAGCUCUGCUUGGCAGAAGAGCAGUUCAGCAAGGCUCUGAGAGUCUGGCAAUCUGCUCAGGAGGAGGAGAAAAGGAAGCUCCUACAAAAACAGGUAGGAAGCAAUACACACCUGAACUUUUCAGGCAAGCUUGGUGGGCUGGCUUAG